AUGUGCACACAGGCAUGCAGCAGUCUUUCGCUCUUUCUUGCUCUCCCUCUGUGUAACAUUAUGGUCUACGUGCGGCUCAUCACCCCGGCGCUGGCGAGGCUGCUCGAUGCGGCUGCCAGCGCGCCUGAAAUACAGCAGGCCCGGCGUGACUUUAUCGAGGAACGCCUGCACGCUCUUGUGCAUACGCAGUCACCAUCCCAGCUGGAGGGUGCCCUGUGGAUCUACCUCGUCUCUCAGCAGCAGCUGCUGUUGAGAGCCGCGCACGACUCCCAAGCCCCGGCUCAGCAGCAGGGAACGAACUGCGGCGCGCCUGAAGCGUCCAUGUCCUCCAGCAGCUUCAGCUGUCCGCUGCCGCCGUCGCUCUUGUUGCCCGAGUCCCUGGCAUGUAUCAGUGACGCCGUGCGCUGGUACUGUGACGAGUUAUCGAUCCCUGCUCCUUGCCCGGCAGCUGAUGAGUGCGAGGCAGCGCCACAGACGACUCCGCAGCCGUCGCAGGAUGCGCAACAAGAGAAGCCGCCAAAAGCAAAGACGGUCACCCACAUCAAGCAAGAGCCUUGUGCCUUGCCGGCAGGGCAACCGGGAGCACGGGUCGAUGAGCUCAUUCGACAGCGCCAGCAGCCGGCCCCGUCACCAGCGCCGUCGCAGCCGGCUCAGCGCCCCGAGCAGGCAGCUGGGCCCCUGGCUACUGUACAGCUGGUCCUCGAUGCACUCGCCCAGCUCAAGCGUGUUCCCGCGCUCCUUCAGCCUCGCACCAUCGCCCUUCUUGUGCGCGACCUUGUCUCGCUCUGGAGUCUUGUCUAUCUGUGCAAGCAGCUGAAGCGCCACCAGCAGCUCAAGGAGCGUCUGCUGACGGGCACGGUGACCGCAGCGAUCGGGGCGAUGGACGUGAAACGCGGUCUCGGCGGGGACUGGAGGCGUCGCGACCGCGCUCGCGUCGGGCACAGCCCUAUCGCGCACCACAGCGACACCGAGCCCAUCUCGGUGUGCUUCCACGAUUACGAUCUGCUGCUGCCGUGGGACCUUGUCCAGCGUGUAUUGUCGCCGCCGGCUGUCUCCAUGGCAGCCAUUGCAGCGCAGUGUCAAGCCGUGGAGGAGGCCAGAGCCGGCGCGCUGUCUUCCGCGUCUGCGAGAACGGCCGCCACCUUCCCCGCCUUUGCGCUCAUCCUCAACCCUGCAGUAACGGCCAUGGACGACAACCCAGACCGUCUAAGCAAGAACGCACGCAUUGACGCCAUUGAAAAGGCUGCCAGCAAGUACUACUACGCCUUGCUGUCAGCUCGCGCACAUGGACAGACAAGUGAGCACAUCCGCGGCGCGCCCUCAGGAGCCUCCUCUGCGUCCGCCGCGGCCCACCAAGAGGCGGUGCGCAGCUCCUUGACGACAGUGGAGAUUGGCGAGUACGGCGUGCUCGACCCUUCGAGGAUGCGCGUGCCGUCCUAUCUUGCAGGCGCGGAUACGUCACUCUCUGGUGGCGUCGGCGGCGGGUCUUCGAGAGCGGCGUCGGCAAGUUCGGAGACGGCCGCCAAGUCGUAUGCGUUAUUUCUGCGCGACGCCUCGAUCGGCUUCGACAUUCAGGUGAUGGCCCUCACCGGCGCCGGUGUUGGCUACUACCUCGGCUACCUGCGCGGGCUGUCGUCAGAGUGGUGCACGCUGUACGCCGUGGUCGGCCUUGUAACGAUGAUGCUGGUGGACGCUGCUCUGCUCAUUAUUCGGAUAGGACGGCAGGAUGAGGCGGUGCUCAAGGCCCGCGCACGGAUUCGCCAGCAGCGGGAAAAACUGAAUAAGGAAGGCGAGAAGCUCGUACGGUCCAUGCAGGCCGCUGCGGGUCUGUCAUCGGCCGACGGUGCUGAGCUAACUUCCGCCUCCGCUGGGAAAGCAGCCGCUGCCGCCCCCCUUCAGACCGAGACGGACCCGCACACGAAGAAGAACCAGUAG